AUGAAGAGGAAGUGCAUCUGCGACCUGUGCUCCUGCGGGCGGCAUCAUUGUCCACAUCUCCCUACCAAGAUUUAUGAUAAAACAGAGAAACCAUGUCUUCUCUCCGAAUACACUGAGAACUACCCUAUCUAUCACUCAUACCUGCCCAGAGAGUCCUUCAAGCCCAGGACGGAGUACCAGAAAGGGGCCAUGCCAAUGGAAGUCCUGAGCACAUCGAGGAGAGAUUUUGGGCCCCACAAAGUGUUUCCAGUGAAGCUCCACCAGCAUGACCCGUUCGUCCCAAGUGAAGAGAACAUGGAUCUGCUCACGACGUAUAAGCAAGAUUACAACCCCUAUUCCAUCUGUCGAGUGGAGCCCAUCAAACCUCGGGACAGUAAACAUCCACGUGGCGACAGAAUGGAGAGUCUGCCCACUUACAAAGCUGAUUAUUUACCCUGGAACCAACCAAGACGAGAUCUAAUUCGUCCACAACACACCUACCGGCCAGAAUCUGCCAAGUUUGAUUAUAGAACCACACACCAGGAUGAUUACGCUUUAAAGGGUCUAGUGAACACCAUGAGCUGUAAGCCUCCAGCCAUGCCCAAGGUCUGUAACAUCCCCCUGGAGGAUCUGACUAACUACAAGAUGAGCUACGUGCCCCACCCUAUAGAGAAACGUUUUGUGUAUGAGGCAGAGAAGUUCAAGCCCUGUGAGAUCCCCUUUGAAAGCCUCACCACCCACAAACAGUCCUUCCGGGGCCUGAUGGGGGAGGCCGCCAAGAGCACGAAACCUCCAGUCAGUUCCUGCAGAUUAGACGCACCUUUCUGUAACACCACUGAGUUUCGAGAUAAGUACCAAGCAUGGCCAACACCCCAGUUGUUCUACAAACCUCUUGUCCCCUACGUCCCUCCUGAAGAAAAGAUGGACCUUCUGACAACAACGCAAUCCCAUUACACAUACCCGAAGGGGGCUCCAGCUCAGUCCUGCCGACCGGUGGUUUGCAUCAAGAAAGGUCCCCCCUUCGAAGGCUCCACAACCACCAGGGAUGACUACAAGCAGUGGGUCAGUGGGCGCAUGGAGUCAGUCAAGCCCGUUCCCCAGCUGCUCCGUCCCACCGAGCCCUUGGACUGCCUGACCACCACCAGGGCCCACUAUGUGCCCCACCCACCCACCAGUACCAAAAGCUGUAAGCCCCUCUGGUCUAGUCCCCGAGCAAAUGUCCCUUUGGAGGGCCAGACCACAUACACCAUCAGCUUUACCCCCAAGGAUAUAGGUAGAUGCUUGGCUUCUUACCCUGAGCCCCCUGGCUACAUCUUUGAAGAAACAGAUGCUGCGGGGCACAGGAUAUACAGGCCAAUUUCCCACACGGGUUCUCGGCGGAACAGCCCUCUUUCUGUAGGUGAUUCCGAAAAACCCAACCCUCAGGAGUUGGCAGUGUCAGCCUGA